AUGAGCUCAUACAAUUUUCCUCUACUCGUGAAUCAAUGUAGAACGGUCCAACUUUGCUGCCUUGUACUCCAAGUGAUUCUGACCUACAUCAAUGUCGAAUAUAUGGGAAUGAUGACAUUCAUUUUCACCAUGGCAUUAUGUCUUUACAAUUUGUAUGUUACUGGGAGGAGAAUGUACAAUAAUAUUGAUGGACGUUUCGAUUUGCGCCAGAUGAUAAGAGAAAGCGACAAUCAAUUGAGGCUUCUAUACGCUUCUGAAGUCUUCACUCCAUCGGUUCUCGGCAUUCUCGUGUUUCUUAUCGUGCGGCUCCCAGGUGGAAUGGGAAGAUUUAUAUGGACGUUAGCAUGCCUUGGGCAGAUAGGAGCAGCUUUGCUACUUCUUGCAGUUGAAAUUCAAGAAGUUGUCAUCAACGGGUAUUAG